GCAAACAUAUACAAGAAUCGGACAUGGAACAUCUUCAGCCAUGGCCAUGAGACUUUCAGCUUUGCAAGUCAAUGGUGACAUGAUUCACUUUGAAGUCACGCCAGAGAUGACAGGUCGAGAGCUAAAGUGGCAAAUCAGAGCUGAGCAGUUUCCGGACGAAGUGACUCGCAGUACUACCGUGGUGGAGAUUAUUGUUGGAGACAGGUUGCUGGGGAAUGAUGAGACGCUGGCAGAUGCAGGGAUUGCUGCAAAUACUGUUGUAAGCGUUGUCUUCAAACCAAACAUCCUCAGAUGCUCCAACAAAGGUGAUAUUGCGAGCUGCAGGGAAAUGGACUCAGAACUGCAGGUUAUUGCUGAAAUCCCAAGCGACAAGACGACAGUCUCAGCUUGGGCGUUUGCAGAAUGCAAGCAACUGGCCACAGUGACCAUCCCAGACUCGGUGACGCACAUUGGGAAUUGUGCCUUUGCUCAUUGCACCUCUUUGGCAAACUUGACCAUCCCGAACUCUGUGACCCACAUUGGGACUGGUGCCUUUAUGGGGUUGCAGCUCUUUGGCAAACUUGACGAUCCCAAACCCAGUGACCUACAUUGGGAAUAAUGCCUUUGAAGGUUGCAGCUCUAUGCGUAACUUGACC